AUGGCGUCGCAGGACGUUUCCCCAGCCGCCGCACACGAGCCCACGCACGACUACGCCCCCCACCAGGGCUACGAGCCCGACACCGACGGCGGCGUGUCUCUUUCAACCGCACCCCAGCCGGUCCAGCCAACGGAGCAGCCCGCGGACGGCGACAAUGACUUCUCGGACGGCGACGACUACGACGACAUCUUCGAGGACGCCUCGGACGAGGAAGCGGACGACGAGUUCGCCGCCGACGCGCUCGGCACGGCGAACCCGAACGACUUCACGAAAUCGUACAACCGGCAGCGCAAGAUGAACGACGCAGCGAUCCCGGCGGCGCACAAGCCCAAGACGAACCCGCAAGGCGGCGCGGCGCCCAAGCCGUCGGCCAACACGACGACGGCCAUCGACGACCAGAUCCGGUCGCUGUCGGUGCACGCGAGCAAGAUCAAGCUGGACGACUCGCGCUUCGGCGGCGGCGGCGGCGGCGGCAACGGCAAGGGCAGCGGCCGCAACGACGACGGCGGCGGCAAGGACAGGGCCGACCGCGCGACGUCGGAGCAGGUGCUAGACCCGCGCACGCGCAUGCUACUACUACAAAUGAUCAACCGCGGCAUCGUCAGCGAGAUCCACGGCUGCGUAUCGACGGGCAAGGAGGCCAACGUGUACCACGCGCUCGCGCUGCCCGACGGCGACGACGGGCCGCCCGUCCACCGCGCCAUCAAGGUCUACAAGACCAGCAUCCUGGUCUUCAAGGACCGCGACAAGUACGUCACGGGCGAGUUCCGCUUCCGCGGCGGCUACAGCAAGAGCAACAACCGCGCCAUGGUCAAGGUGUGGGCCGAGAAGGAGAUGCGCAACCUGAAGCGCCUGCACGCGGCGGGCAUCCCGUGCCCGCAGCCGCUGCACCUGCGCCUGCACGUCCUCGUCAUGGGCUUCGUCGGCGACCGCAAGGGCUGGCCGGCGCCGCGCCUGCGCGACGUGCCCGCCGACCUGGGCCUCGGCGACGCCGACGAGAUCGACCGCCGCUGGCGCGACCUCUACCUCGAGCUGCUGUCGUACAUGCGCCUCAUGUACCAGGCGUGCCGGCUCGUGCACGCCGACCUGAGCGAGUACAACCUGCUCUACCACGACGGCCGGCUCUGCGUCAUCGACGUCUCCCAGUCCGUCGAGCACGACCACCCCCGCGCCCUCGAGUUCCUGCGCAUGGACAUCAAGAACGUCGCCGACUUCUUCCGCGGCGGCCAGCGCGCCGUCGACACCCUGCCCGACCGCGCCGUCUUCGCCUUCAUCACCGACCCCGCCCUGAGCACGGAGAUGGUCGGCAUGCGCGACGCCCUCGAGGAGCUGUACCGCAAGAGGGCCGACGAUGUCGCCGCCGCCGCCGACGACGACGACGCCGGCGCCAUCCCCGACGACGAGGUCGACAACGAGGUCUUCCGCAAGCAGUACAUCCCCCAGACCCUCGAGCAGGUCUACGACAUCGAGCGCGACGCCGAGCUCGUCGGCGCCGGCAAGGCCGACUCGCUCGUCUACCAGAACCUGCUUGCCAGCACCAAGGCAAAGGACGGUGCCGGUGCCGGCGCCGCUGUCGUUGGCGGCGAGGAGGGCGAGGACGAGGAUGGCGAUGAGGACGAGGAAGGCGACGAGGACGAGGACGGCUCGGAAGAUGGUGAGGGAGAGCACGGUGGGGACAGGGAGUGGCGCGACAAGGGCCCGCCGCGCGGCAAGCGCUUCGAGGACAAGGACGACAAGAAGGCGCACAAGCUGGCGGUCAAGGAGGAGAAGCGCGAGAAGCGGAAGACGAAGAUGCCAAAGCACGUCAAGAAGAGCUUGGUCAAGAGCACCGGGAAGGGGCAUAAGAAGUGA